UCGUACCACUACCGGCUCUCCAUGUCUCCAUUCUAGCCGCUUCCUAAACCACACAAUUCGUUGAGGCAAGCUUUCCUUACAUCGGCAUGCGAUGCGACAAUGACAGGAGGUGACGAACCCCCGGAAUACAAUCGCGAUGGCCUCCGGCGGCGCCAAUCGUCCCAUCAUGAGGACGACGAGGACCUGCUCGCAGCCGCGCAAACAGUGGCGCCAGUCUCGCCCACCACCUACCACGUAGAGCCUCCCCGACGAGCAGCCACGGAUCUAGACGCGGUCGUGGCCUCGACUUCUUCCGCGGUGGAUAAUGACGCGAGGACAUCCAUACCCAGGCCUUCCAUGGAUGCGGGGCCGCGCGUCCGGUUCUCAACAGACGUUGAGAGGCAGCUCCCGUCCCAAUCGAAUAGGAACUCAAUCGGUGCUGUAAUGGACAUUGGUGGCGAUGGGCGGAGGGGUUCGCUGCCGAAGAUGAAGUCUGGGGCGCCGGAAUUGAGAGUUGACACCCAAGGUGGCGCUGCGGCAGGAGAUGCCCCGAUACUGGGCCAUGGAAUGGUUCGUUCACCCACAGCCAUCACCUCACCGGUGUCACCGAUUGCUGCCUCGCAGAAAUCGCCCAUGUCACCUGCGGCACGUUAUCGAGGUUAUUCGCUACGUCAGGCGCUGUUCCGUAGAACAAUUGAGGACCACGCCACUUCACCUGGAUCCCUUAUAGAGAUGACAGAUACGGCUGGAUCGUCGAGUCAAGUAUCGCCGGUUCAGCCGGAUGGCGCCCACGAUCGCAGUUCGCCAAACAAAAAACGGGAGUCGACAGUCCUCGUUACACCAGUGGCCAUGGAUUAUGGAGAACUACCUGAUAGGACCAAACCCAAGGGCUCCAAGGGGACCUCUGCACUGCCGAAUUGGGAAAGCUGGGUGGAAAAGAAAAGCAGGAGGAGCGCAAUCUCUCGAAAAGUUCGUGACUUUACAACCAAAACGAAAAAGUUUGUUCUACGGAUCCAGGAGAUACCUCCUAGCAAGGACGGCAGACACAUUGAUCUCGACUGUUCGCGAAAAGAACCUCUGAUCGACGAGAGAACCAAUAAGCCUUACAUCAGUAAUUAUAUCCGCUCAACCCGCUAUUCGGCCUGGAACUUUCUACCCCGGCAAUUGGUUGCGCAGUUCUCCAAACUUGCAAAUUUCUACUUCCUGUGUGUUUCUAUCCUGCAGAUGAUACCUGGUCUCAGCACCACGGGUACUUACACGACGAUUGUGCCGUUGAUUUUCUUCGUGUGCAUAUCGAUGGGCAAGGAAGGAUAUGAUGAUUUCAGGAGACACAAGCUUGAUAAGGCUGAGAACAAUCGCGAAGCUAAAGUCCUGCAUGUGUACAAGAACACCGGAUCUACGGACGAAGAAAGCAUUCCAACUUCUCCUUUAGGCACCAUUGGACCUCUACACUGGGCGACGACGAAAUGGCAUAACCUCCAGGUCGGUGAUGUUGUAAAGCUGGAUCGAGACGACACUGCCCCAGCCGACCUUGUUAUCUUGCAUUCAGAGGGAGAAAAUGGCAUUGCAUAUGUGGAGACUAUGGCUCUCGACGGAGAGACUAACCUCAAAAGCAAGCAAACAGCGACCUCUAUGAGCAAAUUCCUUACUACCCAGGAUGAUGUUGCGAUAUGCAACGCAGAGUUCGUGGUCGAAGAUCCCAAUCUCGAUCUAUACAAUUUUGAAGGCCGAGUCAGGGUCAACGGAGAAACAGCACCGCUCACUACCGCUGAGGUCAUAUACCGAGGUAGUAUCCUCAGGAAUACUCCAAAUGCCAUCGGAAUGGUCAUCUACUCUGGUGAGGAGUGCCGCAUUCGCAUGAACGCCAACAAGAAUCCUCGCAUCAAAGCUCCUUCACUCCAGAGCAUCGUAAACAAGGUCGUCAUCAUCAUCGUCAUUUUUGUCAUUGCACUUGCGAUCUUCAACACCGUCGCGUAUCGCAUCUGGUCUAAUAAGACAGAAGACAAGUCCUGGUAUCUAACGAAUGCUGAUGUGGCGUUCUUCCCCAUCCUUACCUCGUUCAUCAUCAUGUUCAAUACCAUGAUCCCGUUGUCCUUAUACGUGAGUUUGGAAAUUGUCAAAUUGGCGCAGAUGUUCUUUCUCAACGACAUUGAUCUGUACGAUGCCGAGUCUGAUACCCCCUUGGAAGCGCGAACCUCGACUAUCAAUGAGGAGUUGGGCCAGAUCAGUUACAUCUUUUCCGAUAAGACCGGUACACUCACAGACAACUCCAUGAAGUUCCGGAAGUUGAGUGUGGCUGGCACUGCUUGGCUUCAUGACGCAGAUCUGCAGAAGGACGCGGCCAAAAGGAAGCUUCUAGAACCCAGGAAGAAGAAGAACAAGGGCAAAGGCAAGAAGCCAGCUAGGAAAUCCCGUGAUGUUGAGGCCGUUGAAGAGUCACUCGCACUCCGAGAGCAUGUAGUGGACCCAGCCAACACCAGCCGCUCGUCAAAUGAAGCUGCUAGCGCCAGCGGGCUUCAUAGGAACGGGUCAAACUGGAAAUCGACAGCACGACCUGGAAAGGCUCAACCCGAGCUUCUUACAAAGGAUAUGCUUCGUUAUAUCCAGCGCAAGCCGUAUACCCUGUUCGCCAAAAAGGUCCGAUUGUUUCUUCUUUCUCUAGCACUCUGCCACACGUGCCUUCCAGAGACGCGGGAGAAUGGAGAGAUCGAAUUCAUGGCAUCCUCGCCAGAUGAACAUGCUCUUGUGCAUGCUGCGCAAGAGAUGGGGUUCCUGGUCACCAACCGCGACUCUCGCACAAUCACAUUGAAGAUAAUGCCAUUGGGCAAUGACGCGGAACCAGUGCUAGAGACAUAUGAUAUCCUAGAUGUCAUUGAGUUUUCAAGCAAGCGAAAACGAAUGUCUAUCGUUGUUCGUUUUCCAGAUCAGCGAAUUUGCAUAUUCUGCAAAGGCGCCGACUCUAUUGUUAUGCAGAGGCUCAAGCUUGCAACCCUUGCAAAUAAGAAGGUCGUCGAGAUUGAGCGCCGCGCGAGCAAAAGAAAGAGCUUGGAAGCACAGUACGCCAUUGCACGGAAAAGUGAGCAAAUUGAGCGCAAGAGCAGUGUUAGUGGUCGAAGAAGCAUGACCGUCAGCGGUGCGGCUCGAGCGAGCUUCACCAUCGGGCGGGCUAGCACUACACUCAAUCGCGGCAGCGUCAGCGGGAAUCGCUUGAGCAUGGUCGGCACUGUUCAACAACCGGUUCGUGACGAGAUAGAUCAGUGGUUGACUGAGCGCGAGCGAGACGUGGAUAUCUCCUCAGUCGAGGAGAAUAGCAUGUACUAUUCUCCACGCCCUUCAGCUCAGCUCGGCCGACAGUCUCUCGCCCUCUCCUUCAGUUCCGAUCCCCGAAAUUCGAUGCAGAUUGAAGAGAUGGAUGAGUUUGUCGAAGAGUCUCUGGUGGCGGACGAGACAGCAGCGAUCGAGCGCUGCUUCCAACAUAUUAACGACUUCGCGACUGAAGGAUUGAGAACGUUGCUUUACGGCUACCGGUUCAUUGACGAGCAGGAAUACAUUUCGUGGAAAAAAGUCUAUCUCGACGCAACUACGAGUCUCAUCAAUCGUCAAGACAUGAUUGAAUCCGCGGGCGACCUCAUCGAGCAGAAUCUCGAUCUCGCGGGCGCUACCGCUAUCGAAGACAAACUUCAAAAAGGCGUCCCAGAGUCCAUCGACAAGCUCCGCCGCGCGAGCAUCAAGAUGUGGAUGCUGACAGGCGACAAACGUGAGACAGCCAUCAACAUCGGCCACUCCUGCCGCCUGAUCAAAGACUAUUCCUCCGUCACGGUCCUGGACCAAGAAAGCGGCGAAGUCGCACAGUACAUCGCCGACGCCAUCCUGGGCAUCAACGGCGGCAAAGUCGCGCACUCGGUCAUCGUCGUCGACGGCCAAACCCUCGCCACCAUCUACGAAGACAAGCACCUGACCGCCCUCUUCUUCGACCUCGCCGUGCUCGCCGACUCGGUCAUCUGCUGCCGUGCCUCCCCCUCGCAGAAAGCGGGCCUGGUCAAGGGCAUCCGCAAGCGCGUGCGCAAAUCCAUCACCCUCGCCAUCGGUGACGGCGCCAACGACAUCGCCAUGAUCCAGGAGGCCCACGUCGGCAUCGGCAUCACGGGCAAAGAAGGGCUGCAAGCCGCGCGCACUUCGGACUACUCUAUCGCCCAGUUCCGCUUCCUCACGAAGCUGCUCCUCGUCCACGGCCGCUGGAACUACAUCCGCACGUGCAAGUACACCGUCGGCACCUUCUGGAAGGAAAUGCUCUUCUUCCUCACGCAGGCGCUGUAUCAGCGCUGGGCCGGGUACACGGGCACGUCCCUCUAUGAGAAUUGGAGCUUGAGCAUGUUCAACACGCUCUUCACGAGCCUGCCGGUGAUUUUUCUGGGCAUCUUUGAAAAAGACCUCGCGGCGGCGACGCUGCUGGCGGUGCCGGAGCUGUACACCAAGGGCCAGCGGAAUGGCGCGUUCAACUUCACCAUCUACGCGGGGUGGAUGUUCAUGGCGGCGAGCGAGGCUAUGGUUGUGUAUUUCGUCAUGCUGGGCGUGUAUGGCCAGGCGGUGUUCACGAGCGACCAAGGGCUUUUCGCGCUCGGCGACCUGUGCUUCAGCGCGGUGGUUAUUGUUAUUAGCGUUAAGAUGCAACUCAUCGAAACCCACACCCGCACGCUCCUCAUCCUGAUUCCCCUCGUCGCCUCCAUCGGCGGCUGGUGGCUGUGGAACCUGCUCCUCGCGGUGCUCUACAACCCCCACGCGCCCAUCUACCACGUCCGCCAGGCCUUCCUGCACACGUUUGGCGCGAACGCGCUCUGGUGGCUGACGCUCGUCUUGAUACUGGCGUGUGUGGUCGUGUUUGAGCUCGGGGUGGAGAGUUUGAGAGCGACGUUCUUCACGCAGGAUGUCGAUGUGUUCAAGGAGCUGGAGAAGGAUGAGGGGGUCAGGAGGAGGUUUGAGGAGGCGAGUAGGGGGGAGAUGCCGUGGAGCCUGGCGUGGAUGGGGGAGAAAGACGUGGGGAACGGGGAGGAUGUGCUGAGGAAGGUUAACACGCGGGAGGAGGAGGAGAGGCGGGAGGGCGAGGUGGCCGCGUUGUUGGCGAUGCGGCCCGGGCUGGCGGAUGGGGAGCGGGGCAGGGGCGCGGAUGUGGAGGAGGCGCUUAGGGGCGCGUUUGGGAGGGUGAGGGGGGAGUAA